GCACUGGUGUGCGCUUCUGCCGGCGGAAUAGGAAGAAGUCAUCGCCGGCAUGGGCCGCAAGAAGAAGCGGCGAGAUGGGACUGCGGUGCUCCGGAGAGUUGUGUCUUUCGAUGAGAAGAGUCGGCGGGAGUUCUUGACAGGGUUUCACAAACGUAAGGUUGAGAGGAGAAAAGCAGCUUUGGAGGAAAUAAAGCGUAAACUGAAACAGGAAGAAAAGAAGAUGAAAGAAGAGAGACAUAAAGAAUACAUGAAGAUGCUGAAGGAGAGAGAAGAAGCCUUAGAGGAAGCUGAUGAGUUGGAACAUCUAGUGACAUCUCAAACAGAAUCGGUGAGCUAUGAUCACCCAAACCAUACGGUUACCGUUACUACCAUCAGUGAUCUGGAUCUUUCUGGUGCUCGUGUGCUAGGGCUAACUGAGAACGAAAAUACUGACCUGGAAGGAGAAGACGCCUUGAAUACAUGUACAUUGCCUAAGAAAGCUAGAGAUCCUCUUCUGUCUGAGAGAAUUUCUUCCCUCACUGCUUCUCUGCAUUCCCGUACUCAGAAAAAGAGGAAAAGAAAACAGAUCAACCACAAACAAGGGAUAAAGAAUAGAGGCCAAAACACAAGAACAGGACGAACGAGCAAGUCUCAGCGCCGGAAAAUGACAGGCAGGAAGAGACAUGUCCAAGACUGAAUAGCUGACACAUGGACUAUUAAACUCUACUAAUUGGCUUGGAGGAAGAUCAGUGUUAUGUGAACACAGUCUUCUACUCAGGAUCUCUCAUUCAACUUCCCCUUAUUUGGGUGGACAAAGGCCUUUUUUUCCAGAGAGAGAUUGGAUCCCUGAUUAAUAUCAUGUUUCCCAAGACUGAGGAAGGCCACAUUUAUAAUUGCAUUUUAAUUUUUAUCCCCAUGCAGUAUCAUUUCAUGUA